UGGCGAGCUGCACGGGAACGGCGAUAGUAGUGGCGGCCGUGAGCCGGGGAAUGAUGUGACCCUGUGCGGCCUGUGGUGAUCGAAGAUCCGGGGAGGAAGAUCUGCGCUGGGGCUUCAUCUGGAGGAGGUCAGCGGAUAACAUUAGAGAACCCAUGUAAACAUCGAAAAAAUCCUUGUGAUUGUGCCAGCCCAAAGAGCCUGGUGGCAUGGAGGAAAAGGAGAGAUGCGGAGAGAGAUUCCUGUCCUAAAGGUUUAAUCCCCCCGUGCUGGAUCUAUUGUCGCACUUGCCCAGGAUAACUGCUCCGGGUCGUUCUAAGAGAACCCAGCACUGUACAUUGUUUUUGUCUUUUUUUCUUUUCUUACCUGUAUAAUGAAGCAUGGGAUAUAAGUCACAUGAGCCAUACUAGGACCUCCGGUCUGCUGUCACCGUAAAGGGCUUUUCUCAGACAUCCUCAGCAUUAUUGUUGUUUGGGCCCAACUUUUCUGUACAGCCAUGAGCUGUGUACCAUGGAAAGGAGAUAAGGCAAAAUCUGGAAGUGAGUCUCAGGAGCCUCUGCCAGCCCACAUCUACCAUGAGAAGCAGCGCCGGGAGCUCUGCGCCCUCCAUGCCUUGAACAAUGUCUUCCAGGAUGCUGGAGCAUUCACUCGGGAAGCCCUUCAGGAAAUAUUCCAGAGGUUGUCCCCCAAUACAUUGGUGACGCCACACAAGAAAAACAUGUUGGGAAAUGGAAACUACGAUGUAAAUGUUAUUAUGGCUGCAUUGCAGACAAAGGGUUAUGAGGCCGUUUGGUGGGAUAAGAGAAGGGAUGUUGGAUUGAUCUCGCUCUCUAAUGUUACUGGAUUCAUUAUGAAUCUUCCCUCCAGUCUCUCUUGGGGACCCCUUAAGCUGCCACUUAAGAGGCAGCACUGGAUAUGUGUCCGGGAGGUCGGGGGCACUUAUUUCAACCUGGACUCCAAAUUAAAAAGGCCUGUGCGGAUUGGAAACGACGAUGACCUAAGAAAAUUUUUACAUCAGCAACUAAGGGGCAAAAACUGCGAGCUGCUGCUGGUGGUGCCGGAAGAGGUCGAAGUUCAUCAGCGUUGGCGGACUGAUCUGUAAACAAGCUUGGACUUAAUUUUUUUUAUUAUAACUAUAAUUAUUAUUGUUUCGAUCUCUCAUUCACUACAGUUUUAUUACCUGUUGUUGACAAUCUCUUGUUUAAGGAUGGAGCGCCGGUCUCCUCCCAGAGUAAAAGAACCGGACAAAGUUUGGCCUGUGGGCAAUUAUUAUUAUUAUUUUUAUUUUAUUUUUUUUCUACCUGACUGUGCAAUAUCCUGGCAUUACCUACAGGUUACACUUGGCUUCUCUGUCCGGAUGCAAGAAGAUGCCAUUCCAUCUCAGUAUUUUCUAAAGAAAAGCAUGCAAUGAAAACAAGGAGCCCGUAUGGUCAAAGAUGAGAACCUGGCAUAACGCUCCAUACAUUUGACAAAGAAUAAACCCAUGCAAACCGGUUCUGAUGGGAACUAUACAGUGAAUUUAUUAUUUUUAUUUUUUUUCUCUUUUUGACAUUAUGGACUUAUACUGUACGUUAUACAGGGCGGCUACGUGCCGUCAACUAGCUGGCCCAAUAGAAAACAUCUAUUUUUGUCUACCAAAAAAAAAAUCUUAUACACUAUAAAGAAACUGAGCCAUCCUAUUGUAUGCACGAUAUCUAAAUGCCUAUGCUGUUGUUCUCGACUAUAAAAGUGCUCUUUUUUUCUUUUCUUUUUUUCUUUAAUUUUUUUUUAAAGAAAAAAACGAUGCAGAUGUGACUUGGUGUAUGUAUAGAUAAUAUCACAGCCCCAUAUAUGUAGACGUUGCCCACGUGUCGGGACAGAGUUACAUGGUGCAGUCAGAGGAGUUUACAUGUGCAGCCAAAAUAAUAAAUAAAUAAAAGAUCCUAGAAAAAUAUGCAGUGACAAAAGAGAAAAGUAAGCUUGUGCCCAUCUAUUAACCUCCUUAAAGGGGUACUCCAGUGAAAACCUUUUUUUUCUUUGAAAUCAACUGGUGGCAGAAAGUUAAACAUAUU